CUUUCAGUUGUUUGCUUUUGACUUCAAAUCUAAAACGGAGAGUUUGCUGAACCUUACGAAGUACACUGAACGGAAUGGAUGUGUGAAACUUUAAUCUACUGAAACUACAAGACACUUGAAACCAUUGCAUCCAUGAGGGAAAUAGACUUCCGCUUGCUUUACUACAGGCAGACACUGGAGUAAGAUGAACCAGGAGCUCCUGCAUAGGACGUCACUGGAGAACCAGAAGCUGAGUCUUAUGGGGGAGGUGUCCUACCUGAAACUAAAGCUGGCAGAAAUGGAGGGAAAACAGGGCCAUGGGGCUGAAAGGCAGCACAAAGCAGAGACUGUAGUGAAUUUCAUUAGUGAGCUGCAAGAGCAGAUGUGUAGGUUUCAGAAGGAGAUCAAUAACAAGAUCCAGGAGAAAAAGGCCUUGGAGAUCCCGGCUGACAGCAGCUGUUCAGUGGCUUGCCUCACUGAUUCCACUGAGGGCAAGGGCUCAAACCCUGGGCAGUCCUGUGACAGAACCUCAGGGGUGAUGCACAAACUAGAGGAGGCUCUAGAUGGGCCUGAUGGGAACACACCAAGCCUGGAAGAGGGUAGCUCAGAUGCAGAGCAGCAGUACCACUGUGGAGGAGAAAGUGGCUUACUUAAGGAGCUCAGGAUUCUUAAGGACAAAGUGGAGCACCUGGAGGAUCAGAAGUUACAGUAUGAGAAGAAACUCAAAGCAACAAAGGCAGAGAUCAGCAGCCUUCAGCAGCUUCUGCUCAGUAAGAACGCUGAGAUUGAGAGCUUGCACACUCAGCUGCUGGCCAGACCCUCUCUAUCAAGUGAGAGCUCAGAGAGAGAUGAGGAACUGCAGAGACUUAAGAUUGGAAUGAAAUCACUGGUUGCCGCCAACGAUGAAAAGGACCGGCGUAUUGAAGAGCUCACUCUGCUCCUGAAUCAGUGCAGGCAAUUCAGAGAGGUCACUCACAACACAAGGCUAGCUCCACCUGCUGUUCGUUCAUUGUCGAAUGGUAGGACUCCUUCAAGCAGCAGUGAGGAAGAAGAGCAGGGGCUGAUGAAGAAUACUGACUCUGCCAGUGCAAAAUCUGAGGAUGUAAAGUCCGAAGUUUCCACAAAUAGCUCUUCCUCCCAACAAACAUCACUUUUAUCAGUCCAGAAGGACAGUGAUUCCAGAACAGAAUCGCAGACUCUAUCCAGUAGCAUGAAUGACCUAACGAAUGGAGCUUCACAAAAGGGUGGUCUGGGUGACACCAAAAGUCAGACGCUGCCUGUGAAUUCGUCUCUCUCAGAGCAGAGUGGGAUCGGAGGCAGCAGCAGUGAAAUUCAGAGCCAAAGGUCUCCAGAUGGGAGCGAAGAUGGAGACUGCAGCCAAAGAAAGUCGGAGAAAGUUGACGACAGCACUUCAAGCGAUAAUUCUCCUGUUCAUUCUGAGGCGAAUACACAGCCUGGCCAACGGGCUGUGGGCUCACCAGAAUACAUGAAGAAUAAUAGGAGCUUCAAGAGACUCUGGGGAAAACUUCGAAGAACCCAAUCUGGAGGGCUUCAGGCAGCAGAUCCAGAUGCUGGUCAGUUUAGAAGAGGGGGACUGCGUGCUACAGCAGGACCCAGACUAACCAGGACCCCCGAAUCGUAUAAUUCUCUACGUGAUAUGAAUAUUCCAUUCAGCCAGUGGACCAAGGAGCAGGUGUGUGGCUGGCUAGAGGACUAUGGACUUGGCCAGUAUGUCAGUCUCUCCAGACAGUGGGUAGAAAAUGGACAGACACUGCUGUCUGCUACACCUCAGGACUUCGAGAAGGAGAUGUGUAUGAAGAAUCCACUGCACAGGAAGAAGCUGCAGCUGGCUCUGAGGGCAUUCACCACUAGAGUUGUAGAGGAAUCGUCAGAGCUGGACCACAUCUGGGUCACCCGUUGGUUGGAUGAUAUUGGUUUGCCUCAGUAUAAAGACCAGUUUCAUGAGGCCCGAGUAGAUGGUCGAAUGAUACAAUACCUCACUGUGAAUGACCUCUUGACACUAAAGGUCGCCAGUCAGCUUCAUCAUCUCAGUAUUAAAUGUGCCAUUCAUGUCCUUCAUGCCAACAAGUUCAACCCCCACUGUCUUCGACGUAGGCCAGGAGAAGAGAAACAGCCCACUCCCUCUGAGGUGGUGCAGUGGUCUAACCAUCGCGUGAUGGAGUGGCUGAGAGCAGUGGACCUCGCUGAGUACGCUCCUAAUCUACGGGGCAGCGGCGUGCAUGGUGGGCUGAUUAUCCUGGAGCCUCGCUUCAGCUCAGAGACAUUGGCCCUGCUCUUAAAUAUUCCUCCUCAGAAGACUUUGCUUCGUCGCCACCUCGCCACUGCCUUCUCUGCCCUGGUGGGGCCUCAGGCCACGCAGGAGAAGCGAGAGUAUGGCAAUGCCACAGGCCACGUUCCCCUCACUACCACUGCUAAAGUGAAGCCAAAGAAGCUGGGCUUCACUCAAUUCAGUCACUUGAGAAAGAGAAAACCUGAUGAAUCGGCAGACUAUAUCUGCCCAAUAGACAGUGGAGCGCUGACAGUGAAUGGGGUUUCCCGAUUGCCCUCUGCAGCACUCAGGGGCCUCAGCCCCAGCUUGGACAGACAGACUGACAGGUGGGAGCAGUUCGGGAUAAAAGCUGAGGCUAAUGGCCCCAAACAGUAACUUAAAAAAUACCAUAGACACACCACACUCCCCUCUCACUCGCUGAGUGACCUUUGUGAAUCAAUGGAAAUUCUAAUGCAGAAAUGCAACCAAGAUGCAUCGAUGUGGGGAUUUGCUGGAUGGGCUGCAAAGAUGCUGUGUUUAGCAGGUGACGUUAUUGUUGUUAAUGUAUUUUUAAUCAGAUGUCAUGCUCACACAACGUUCACCUAACACGGUGGUGAAUGAUGACAUUGUGUGAAAUGUUUUAUGAAAGCUGCUCUCUGCAUUCCUUAUACAGUCGGAUUCCAAAGCUUAUACUAUUGCUUUAAAACAAUGCAUUUUACUGACCAUUUUGUAUCUAAACUUCUGUAGAUUUAGUUACAAUAUUGAUGAACUUUCCUGUUAUAUACCUGGAAUCACUCUUCAGAAUAAUAAUUGACACCAGUUACUUUAAGCAUUGAUGUCUCUCAUGCUUUUUCCUUAUGAGUGACAAACGUUUGAAAAUCGAACCAUUAUGAUUCCUGGUGGUACACUAAUGGUACUCUUCUGCACCAUGAAAUAAGGCUUGUUGGUAUACCUUAGGAUUCUCCUGGCCAAAAGCUGCCUCGUUUCAUGAGAUCAUUGUGAAUAUGCUGUAUUAUAAUAAACAUCAGGUCAACAGUUAGCCUUGUUGGAAUUUUUUUUAGAAGAAAUAGUAAAAAAUCAACAUCAGUCUGAGCAGUUUGAUCAUUUUUAAAUUUUAGCUUAAUUACAGCAUACUAUACUUGAAAAAAGUGUAUGAGAGUAACAGAUGUUGUUUUUAAGUUUAGGUUUUGAAAUUUUUUAAUGAAAGAAAAUUACUUGCAUUAAUGCAGUAUAUCUCAUUAUAGUGAGAGAGACAAUUUUGUGUGGUGCAAGGAUGACGUCACUUCCUGAGAUCUUGAAUGGGUAGUUGAUCCAAUUGAAAAAUGUAAGAACACUUUGCACCCAACUAUUGUAAAGGAAGUUUGGUCUGUUCCAGCCCGGGUUCUAUAAAGUGGAAGAGCCUGAAUAGCUGCUUUAAUGUUGCUGAUAAGACUGAUACAGCGUCUGUUUUGAUUUGGUUGGUGAGCUCGUCAAAAUGAAUGCAUCACACAAUCAGUGAUCCUCUUGUUGGUGAAUAUUAACAGCUUCAAGUUAAGUUUGGCUUGUUUUCACACAGUUUGUGUACAGCAGUGGAAAAAAUGAGAUACAUUGCCAACUUCUCUAAAACUUAAUUUGGGUUUAGUAGCUUUGUCUGCUUAUAUAGAGUUAAUCAGUUAUAGAAGUCAUUGUCCGGUAAGUGUUGAUGACCCCAGAAAAAUGAUUGUGAUUUCAUAUACUGUAAAAUCAGUAUAAGUAAGACAAUAUACAGGUUCAAAUUUAAACUAUUUUCAACUAUUCUGCUAUCUCAGAAACAAAAUCUUCAUAGACCAUAUUACGAUGUAAAUACUACGUCUAUGCAUCUUAAGUAAAAGACUCAAAUUGCUUCAGGGAAAUCAUUUUGGCAAUUUCACCGGUCAACUAUAACUAAGGACUGUGGUGCUGUAUUGCAUUCUUGAUCAUCAGCAUAAAUAAUUUUCUUCAUGAGUAGGUCAAACCAAAUAAAUUAUCUCUGGAUUGCUCUGCACUCUUUAACCUCUAGCCAAAUUCUUUUGACUGGAGCAAAGCCCUGAAGGGAAAGUUUUAGCAGGGUAAAGCAGUGGUGAUACAGCAUCUCGUAAAAUACUGUAUCUCAAAGGUUAAAUGAAACGUAGCAGACAUGAUUGCUUUUAUUAGGGUAAAAAUUUUUGCCCAUGGCUUGCUAUUUGCAUGCUUUUAACUAUGUCCACUUCAUCUAAUACCUCUGAAAUGUAAUUGUUAUGCAUUUACUGUAUUUGCCAAAUGAGACAGAACUGGUAAUGGACUAUUACAUUAUGACACUGUUGCAGGGGAUUUUUUUCACCAGUCGCAGUCCUAGUGAAUCUACUAAGAUUCUGCUGGCGUGUCUGGUAGUGUGGCAGACAGGGCAGCAGUCAGCUCCCCUCUGAACCCACCUGCAGAAGCACUCAGCCUCAAUUAUACCAAAAACAAUAAUUACGGAAUGUUUUACCUCUGCCUAUCAUUAGUUCUCCAACGGAGAACAUCCUGAUCAAUGAUUACAAAUGACAGGUUCAUAAAUAAAUUAGUCCUGCUGAUAAGUGCGUAACACUACUCAAUUGAUCAUUGUUAAAUGGAAAUUAGACGGAUGCAGGAGUGAGGAUUGGGAUAGCGCAUUUUGCAAAUGUAAGUGAAUACAAAGGAGGAGAUUUUGUAGUAGUUUUGUAAAACACGAGAAGCUGUACAAGUUUUGUAAAAUACAAAUAAUCAUCUAAAACCAGCAGAUGUCACUGUUGCCUUUGGAUGUGUCAUGUGCCAUAAAAACUGCCAGCAUUGAACCUUCACAGUCAACUCAGAGAGGUACACCGCUGAGUAUUUAAAUAGAAAGAAAGUCUGUUUGUCUUUCAUGCAUUUUGCUUUAUUAUUUAAUUCUUCUUCUUUGCACCGUCAGUGUUUGUCAGUCAGGGGUUAUAAUUGCUACUUAGUGGCGGUGCCUUGGCCCGUAGUUGAAAAGUAGUGUGUCCUGUUGGACUGUAGUGCUAUUCUGUAAUUACACUUUCAGCCGGACAGAUUGGGACAUGGGUAUCUUGCCAGCACAAAGGACAUGAGAGGAUGUCACAUUGUUAAUCAAAUACUGGGCUCAGUCUAAUGUAGUUCCAAAUGAGAGUUUUUGGAUUUUGUGCAUUGGCCAGGUGGGUGAUGGACAGUCCAGGAUUAAAAAUAAAAAUAAUUUAUAUUAGAUGCAAUUUUAGACACCAAAACAGUCAGAAUACAAAUGAUCGAUCUCCAAAAUACAGAGAGAGACGCGUUACAGCAUUGUGAAAAGUAAAAGCAGCUUUAAUACAGCUGUACAAUUUAUACAUAUGGCAAAUGUACUAAAAUUUCUUUUUAUGUUAUACUGCUUUUACCAUUCUGUUGUGUGUGUUUGUAUUCGGGUGGCUUUAUUUGUGUGUAUGCAUGCAUGUGCUAAGAGAGGAUGGCAUUGUUUACAAUAGUGCAUCUUAGCUAAUUUCAGUAAUGUGAUCCAGCCUCCACUAGCUGACAGUUUGAUAGCUAUUAUUUGUGUCACCCACUCUCAUAACACUUUAGCACUAAAUUGCUAUGUGCAGGAGAUUGUGGUGUGACUGACAUCUUACCUUGCAAUAUGAUAUCUAUUGUUUUAAUUAAGUGAAAGCAAUUGUGACAUUUAUUGGUUUCAAAGUUACUUGUUAAUGGCGGUAUAAGAAAAAAAAAUUGGAAGUAAAUUAUCAUGGUUUACCUUACAUAAAUAAUUUGCAAACCCUUUGCUAAUGAUUACACAUUAUUCUCCCACUGUGACUGUCAAUUCAUUUGAAAACAUCACAAAUAAAGAGACUGCGUUGGUGA